AAUGGGAAAUGGGAAAUUUCUGUGCUUCCUCCAAUACAAACAAAGGGAAACCCACCAAGUCAUCAUUCACACACCCCCUCCUCAAUUGAACACCACACCAUACCUUCAAAGUCAACCUCCUUUGUCCCCCACCCCUUUUUCUAGAUUUCUUCCUCCUUUUCACAAUCUUGUAGAAUUUGGGGAUUCUUGAUCUCAAUUUAGGGUUUUAAUUUGAUUUGAUUUGGGGGAAAGAUUGGUUCGAUUAGGAGGAGAUGGGAAACGGCGCGGGGAAGCUGACCGUCUGCUUCACCGGAGUCGGAAACCAGACGGCGGACGACGUGCGGCGGCGGAGGAAGGAGAUGGCGGCGGCUAUGGCGGUUUCCGACCCGAUCGACGAUCUCGGCCACUCCUUCUGCUACGUCCGCCCCGAGCUCUCGCGGCUGCCGUCGUCGUCUUCCAAAGUGUUCUCCGAGUCCGACGAGGCUCCGACGGCCAUGUUCCGGUCGAUCUCCGGCGCCGCCGUCAGCGCCAACACCUCCACCCCUCUCUCCACCGCCUUGCUCGACCUUUACUCCGAGACCGCCGUCGACCGCGCCUCCGCCUUCGAAAGCUCCACCUCCUUCGCCGCCAUCCCCCUCCAGCCCAUCCCCAGAAACUCCUCCAUCCACUCCGGCCCCCUCUUCAACUCCGGUCCGAUCGAGCGCGGCUUCAUGUCCGGCCCCAUCGAGCGAGCUUUCAUGUCCGGCCCCAUCGAAAAAGGCUUCUCCGGGCACCUCCACCGGAGCUUCUCCCAUGGCGGAUUCGCCUUCCGCCCUAGAUCCAAAAACCUCUCCCUAUCCCUUCUCCGGGCCCUCCGUCGCGCUUUCUCCAAAGGCCAGAACUCCAUUGUCGCGCCGAUCAAAUCCGCCGCCGCCGCGGCGGCGGCGAAGGACUCCGAUUGGGCAAAACAAAACGAAUUAACAGUCAACAGCAGCGUAAAUUUCAGCAGCGAGUGCAGCCUAGACGACGACGUUUCGUUAGAAUCUCAAAAUCUCCAAUGGGCCCAAGGAAAAGCCGGCGAGGAUCGCGUCCAUGUCGUCGUCUCCGAGGAGCACGGCUGGGUCUUCGUCGGAAUCUACGACGGAUUCAACGGCCCAGAUGCACCGGACUAUCUCCUCACCAAUUUAUAUCCCAAUGUCCAUAAAGAGCUCAAAGGCUUACUCUGGGACGACAACAUCAAGCCCGAUUCCUCCUCCGCCACCGCCGUUAACGACAGCGAUAAUUCCGAAGACCGGACAAAUGGCGGCGGCUGCUCGGAGAGCUAUCCCGGUGAAGUUUGGCACAAGAGAAGGAAGGGUAAAAUAGCCAAAAACAAGUAUCCCGGCGUGGCAAAGAAAUGGGAGGAGAAUCAGCGGCGGUGGCGGUGCGAAUGGGAUCGCGAGCGAUUAGAGCUCGACCGGAGGUUAAAGGAGCAAUCUCGGCCGUCGAAUACGGCCGCGAAUCAUUCCGACGUGCUCAAGGCUCUAUCGAACGCGUUGAGGAAAACCGAGGAGGCGUAUCUCGACCUCGCGGACAAGAUGGUUGUGGAGAAUCCAGAACUCGCGUUGAUGGGAUCGUGCGUGCUCGUGACGUUGAUGAAGGGCGAGGACGUGUACGUAAUGAACGUCGGCGAUAGCCGCGCCGUGCUCGGUCGAAAAGAGGAGCCGAAUCUUUGGAGCCAAGACUUGGAGAGGAUUAAGGAAGAAACCGUUAACGAGCUCGAGGGAUUCGAUGGCGACGUUAGCGAUGAUCUCCCGAGCCUAACGGCAUUGCAGCUUAGUAUGGAUCAUAGCACCUCAAUCGACGAGGAAGUUGAAAGGAUUAAAAACGAGCAUCGGGACGACGCUUGCGCGGUGAUCAACGACCGUGUGAAAGGAUCGUUGAAGGUCACCCGAGCUUUUGGCGCCGGUUUCCUCAAGCAGCCUAAAUGGAACAAUGCCCUUCUCGAGAUGUUUAGAAUCGACUACGUCGGAACCUAUCCGUACAUAAAUUGCCUCCCUUCGCUUUACCAUCACAGAUUGGGGCUACGCGAUCGCUUCCUCAUAUUGUCGUCGGACGGACUUUAUCAAUACUUCACGAACGAAGAAGCUGUGUCUGAAGUCGAGCUAUUCCUCUCAUGGUCGCCCGAGGGCGACCCUGCGCAGCAUCUCGUCGAAGAAUUGCUUUUUCGCGCGGCAAAAAGAGCCGGUAUGGACUUCCAUGAACUGCUCGAAAUACCUCAAGGGGACCGGCGUCGAUACCACGACGACGUGUCGAUUAUUGUGAUUUCUUUGGAGGGGAGAAUAUGGAGAAGCUGUGCAUAGUUUUACUUAGGGGAAGUGUAAGUAGAAAUAAUGUUGUUCCCAAUCCGCCAUUGUUGUCGACCUUCAAGAACCCAUUUUUGUGGGUAUUUUCAGGUAGCCAUUUUUGGACGUUUAUUUUAUUUCUUUCUUUCUUUCUUUUGUUUUCUCAAUUCAGAGAGCUGAGUUGUUGAGAAAUUAUUGAACAAAGCUUGAUUGGACUUUUUCUUUUCUUUUCUUUUUUUUUUUUUUUAAUUUUAUUUUGGUUGGUAGGUUUUGUAAAGAUCCAUCCAAAGAACUGAUCCUCAUAUGUUAUAAUUGUAAUUCUCGAAAUAAAUCACACCACACCCUUUUUAAGGGUUAUUUUUGCUUCA